AAACCCUAACCACGUCCUCCCUUUAUAUAUCUAAACCCUAACUUCGUCUGCCUCCUCUUGCAUUAUCGACGACCCUGUGUCUCGCUCUCUUUGUCUAGGGUUUGCGAUUCUGUCAAACUUCUCUACCGAAAAUGGUUCUUCCAAACGAUGUUGAUUUGCUCAAUCCGCCUGCCGACCUCGAGAAGAAGAAGCACAAGCUCAAGCGUCUCGUGCAGUCGCCCAACUCCUUCUUCAUGGAUGUGAAAUGCCAAGGUUGCUUCAACAUAACUACUGUGUUCAGUCACUCCCAAACAGUUGUGAAGUGUGGGAAUUGCCAGACAGUGCUGUGCCAACCAACCGGUGGGCGUGCGAGACUUACGGAGGGAUGUUCUUUUAGGAGAAAGGGGGAUUGAUGAUGGUAUUUAUACACAAUAUGCUGGUAGAUGCUGGGUGGGGUUUCCAGUUUUAGUUUGGUUUCAAUUCAAGAAACGAGGCAGGUUGUUUUUUCGGAUUUAUCUUAUGUUUUCGCUGUGUCAUUUUGUUCGUUAGGACCAAGUUUUGGAUCUAUGACUAUAUCUUGAGCUUUUAUCUUGUUAUGGAUCUAUAUGACUAUGUCUGGAGAUUUUAUAUUGCUAUUGUUUGGUGCAAUGAAAUUAAGUCGUUUCAAUUA